CAGUGAUUGCGCAUCUGCGCGACACAGCCUGACAAUCGACUAAACAACCCCAUCGGCGCCGUCGCAACAUUCCUUGGUUCUUUGACGCUUUGGAUGGCGGCCAUCCGGACAACGAAAGCCCCCGUCCGCCCAUAGCCUUCAUGUCGCGACACAAGUCCCGCGACCAUCCAUUCUCGAAUCUUGCACCUUAGGGACCUGCCCGCUCCAUCUCACCUGCUCUCCGUCCGACACCCACUUCCUCGCGUUCGCCCAUCAUGGCGCAAGCUCCUUCGCACUCGCCCGCGCCGGGCCUCGCCCAUCGCAGAUUCACGGGAUGCUCCAGGAUUGUCGAUUAUGAGGUCAUGGGAAAGCUUGGAGAGGGUACUUUUGGUGAAGUUCACAAAGCUCGUUCACGAAAGACCGGCACGAUCUACGCCCUCAAAAAGAUCCUCAUGCACAAUGAGAAGGAUGGCUUUCCUAUCACGGCUCUUCGCGAGAUCAAGUUGCUUAAGUUACUUUCACACCGAAACGUGCUCAAGCUCGAGGAGAUGGCAGUGGAAAGGACGAAGGGAGAAGGGCGGAAACGCGCAAUCCUCUACAUGGUCACUCCCUAUAUGGACCAUGAUCUUUCCGGCCUUCUCGACAACCCCGAAGUCCGCUUCACCGAACCACAGAUCAAAUGCUACAUGCUGCAAUUGCUCGAGGGCUUGAGAUAUCUCCACGACAACCGUAUAUUGCACCGCGAUAUGAAAGCUGCCAACCUGUUGAUCAACAACAAGGGCAUUCUCCAAAUCGCCGACUUUGGUUUAGCACGCCAUUUCGAUGAACCUCCACCAAAACCGGGUUCAGGGGGUGGCGAGGCUAAGAGAGACUACACAGCCUUGGUCGUCACGCGUUGGUAUCGCCCUCCUGAGCUACUUCUUCAGCUGCGCCGUUACACCUGCGCCAUUGACAUGUGGGGAGCAGGCUGUGUUUUUGGUGAAAUGUUCAAGAGGAAGCCCAUUUUGGCAGGCAAUAGCGAUCUCAACCAAGCUCAUAUCAUAUUCGAUCUUGUUGGUACGCCGACUGAAGAGAACAUGCCUGGAUGGUCAUCCUUGCCUGGGUGCGAGGGCGUCAGGCAGUUUGCACCCCGCAAGGGCAACCUUGGCCAUGUUUUCAGAGAUCAGGGCUCCUUGGCAAUUUCUCUUCUGAACGAGCUCUUGAAACUUGAUUGGAGGAAGCGGAUAAACGCCAUAGAUGCAUUGGAACAUCCAUACUUCAAGGAAUACCCCUAUCCCGCUAAACCUGAAGAGCUUCCAAGCUUCUCAGAUUCCCAUGAACUGGAUAGGCGGAAUGCGCGCGGCAAACAGCAGGCACUUCCACCAGCACCAGCCGGCGGCACUGUAGGAAUGGGACCAAACCCGAACGGCGGAUGGGGGCCUGAGGUACCUCCGAAUGGAGGCCCCUAUAUGAAUGGUGAUCGGUACGGACGAUAUGCACAAGACAGGGGACCACCAGGAGCCGUGCCGCCAGGACCCCCUCCAAGAGGGUAUGAAGGCAGAAUACCACCAGGAGCAUAUGAUCAUCGCGGUCCGCCUCCGAACUACCGACGCCAACCGUGGGGACACGACAAUAUGCCGUACUCUGGCCCUCCUGGUGGACGACACAACCUCCCACCACCUCCUCCGGAAGGAAGUAGACAUCCUCUCCCACACCCACCAACCAAUCGGGCGUACGGCAAUGCUAGAGCGGGAGGAAACGUGGAUACCUACAUUCCUAGCUACAGUGCGGCAGCAGCAGAAAGCGGUCGUCGGGGAUCAAGAGACAGAGACGACCGUAGCUCCCGCGAAAGGAGCGGGCCACCGUCACGCGAUGAACGGCGAGGAUUCAGAGACCGCGAGUCUGGCCUGGAUUACGGCGAGGGUGGGCGCCGCGGAACGCGUAGUAGGAGCCCUGAUCGAGACCGAUACGACCGUCGCGACCGGGACCGCGACAGGGACCGCGACCGGGACAUCUACAGGCGAUGAGGGUAGUUAGAGGGGAAGAGUUGGUUGAGGUCGAGGUCGAAGGACUCAUAAAAUGGCAUGUUUCUUGGCGCACAAAGGAGUACGGGGUAUCAAACGUGGUUGGGUUGCAUAGCGCGGCGCAAUCGGAGGGCCCGGGUGCUAUGAGGGACGCUGACGAAACAAGGGGAUACCCGUUACUGUAGCAGUAGGCCAGGCUUCUAGAAUUGGAUUCACGACAAUUGGGUCGACGUGGCGUGGUGCGGCUAGUGACGCAAUUGGGUGAGCGGG